GCAUACAUAUACUUUGGUACUAAUUAAUGGGGUCACCAAAGGAGCAUAUUGAAGAAAUACGAAGGAACAAAUUUUCAAUUGGCAAGGAACCCAACCCUCUAAUAGAAGAUUUGCACCAAGCUGUUAAGAAUCUCUCCGUUGAACUUUAUACCAAAGAUGUCCAUUUUCUAAUGGAACUCAUUCAGAAUGCAGAAGACAAUGUGUACUCUAAAGGAGUGAAACCUUCGCUUGAAUUCAUAAUAACUUCAAAGGACAUAACAUCUACUGGUGCUGCAGCUACAUUGCUGAUUUUCAACAAUGAAAAGGGUUUCUCUGCCAAAAACAUUGAAUCUAUAUGCAGCGUUGGACGGUCCACAAAGAAAGGCAAAAGGAGCAGUGGUUACAUUGGCGAGAAAGGAAUCGGUUUCAAGAGUGUAUUUCUGGUGACUACUGAGCCUUAUAUUUUCAGUAAUGGAUAUCAGAUACGGUUCAAUGAGAAGCCUUGUCCACAUUGCGGACUCGGGUAUGUAGUUCCUGAAUGGGUUGAGGAGAAGGCAACCCUUGAAGACAUAAAGAAUAUAUAUGGUGCCCGUGAUGGUUCCAUUCCAACUACAACAAUUGUCUUACCUCUCAAGUCUGAUAAGGUUAAACCUGUGAAACAGCAGCUCUCAGACAUUCACCCAGAACUUUUGUUGUUCCUUUCAAAGAUCAGACACCUUUCUGUCAGAGAAAACAAUGAGAAUCCAAAGCUGAAUAGUGCAAAUGCUAUUUCUAUUUCAACUGAGAUUAACUUUGUCACAAGGAAAAACAUGAAUGCUGAGUCGUACACGCUGCAUCUCUCUGCUGAGGAAAAUGGUGGUUCUGAGAAGGAAUGCAGCUACUAUAUGUGGAAGCAAAAGUUCCCUGUGAUGUUGGAAAAUGUGGUUGAAAGGAGAAUGGGUGUGGAGGAGUGUGUUGUUACAUUAGCCUUUCCAAAUCAGGAGAGGCUUCAUAGGGGAAAAACCUCACCUGGGGUCUAUGCUUAUCUUCCAACUGAGAUGGUCACUAAUUUCCCUUUCAUAAUUCAAGCAGAUUUUGUCCUUGCCUCUUCAAGGGAGACAAUUCUCUUGGAUGAUAAGUGGAACCAUGGAAUACUUGAGUGUGUUCCCUCAGCUUUUGUAGAUGCUUUCAAAACAUUGAUCAUUGGAUCCAAUCAGGCACCUGUGUCCACUUUGGCAGAGAUGUUCAAAUUCAUUCCCAUUGAAACUUCUCCUUAUCAAAAGUUAAAUAAUGUGAGGGAGAAAAUCAAAGAGAAACUCGUUGAAGAAAACAUAAUUCCUAUAGAGACAUACAAGGUGCAGAAGUACUUCUAUAAGCCUCGUGAAGUUGGUAGGCUAGAUUCUGAAUUCUGGGACAUUUUGGAUAAGGCUCGGGCAGAAGGAGUAUACUUGCAUAACCUGUCAUCUCAUGGAUGGAAAAUUUUGAGUUCUUCACUUGACAUGAGCAAGUAUGAUGGGAUCCUUAACUUUUUAGGUGUACAACAGGUCAAAUUAGAUUGGUAUGCAAAGUGCAUUCAGAGUUCCAAUCUUGUGGGUGGAGUCUCUGAAGAGGCCUAUAUGAAGCUUUUACUAUUUGUUGCUAAAAAUUGGGGAUCGAUGUUCCGCGGCUCCAACAUGGAGAACGUUCCAUUGUUAAAGUAUGUGAGUUCUGAUGGGAGUUUGUCCCAUUGCAGUGUUUAUGAUUGCACUAAAGGUGUCAAGCGAUUGGUUCGAGCUGAUCCUAACCAGUCCUGUUCUUGCUCUUGGCUGAUUAGUUGGAACAAGGAAUUUGCAUGUGCAGCCAACAAAUUUUUUAUGCCAGAAAUAACCCAGAAAGAGAUGUUGAAAUUUCCCCAUCUGCUUACUUUGUUGGGGUGGCUACAAAAUCACGUUAAUGUUACAACCCUGAAUGUACACUCUUUUGCACUUGCCCUUUCUGGCUCUAUAGAAAAUAACUCCAAGCUUGUCAUUACAUAUGCUCAUUUCUUAUAUCACUCAUUCUCUAAGAGGUACAUAUCAGGCCGGGAUUUUGAUACAUUGUGUAGGUGUAUGCCACUUGUGGACAGCUAUGGCUGUGUUAAUAAGUCGAGAAAAGGGGUUCUUGUGCCUGCCAGUGCAAGCAAAUGGGCAAACUUGAUCGUUUCUAAUCCGUGGAGGAAAGAAAAUUAUAUUGAGCUGGGAAAGGAGUAUUUGCAUCCGUCUUGUUAUGCAGGCCAAACUACUAAGUCUAAGAAGCUCAUCAAAUUCCUGAGUGAUCAUCUUGGUGCUUCUGAUAUACCAGAUAUACGUCCUCCAAAUGCUGGUUUUCCUGCUGUAGAUACACCACUCACCAAAGACAAUGCUUUUUUGCUUUUGGGUUGGAUUCAGAAACUGAAGUAUACGGGAGUGAGUAUACCAGAUAAAUUCUUGAAAUGUAUAAAGGAGGGAAGUUGGCUUAAGGUUACAGUUAAUGGGUGGAUGCCGCCUUGUAAGUCUUUCUUAAUUGGCUCAUCGUUGGGAAAGAUUUUGCAAAGUGGUUCCGUUCUUGUUGACAUUCCACUCGUUGAUGAGAACUACUAUGGGACUAGAAUACAUGAGUAUGAGAAGGAGUUGAAAACUAUUGGAGUGAUGUUCAGUUAUGAGGAAGCAUGUGAAUUCAUUGCAAGACAAUUAAUGCAACGAGCUGCAUCUUUCAAUUUAAGCAGAAGUCAUGUUAUUUUGAUGCUUAAAUUCAUUCAACAUCAGAGGCAAAGUUGUCUUCCUGUAGACAACUUUGUCAACAGCAUCAGAAAUGGAAGUUGGUUGAAGACAUCUCAUGGUCUCAGGUCUCCUGUAGGAUCUGUAUUGUAUGAUUCGGAAUGGGAAGUUGCAUCUCGAAUUAGUGCUAUCCCUUUUAUUGAUCGGGAUUAUUUUGGUGAGGAAAUAAAUAAUUUCAAAGAGGAGCUCAAGUUGUUGGGUGUGAUAGUUGGCUUCAGUAAAAACUAUAAUGUUGUUAUUGACCAUUUAAAAUCUCCCUCUAAUUUUGCCAAUUUGAAAGCUGAUGUUGUUAUGUUGUUAUUGGAAUGCAUUAAGUUUUCUUCUGGAUCUGAUAAACUCCUGAAUUCACUCAAAGGUUCUUGCUGCUUAAAAACAAACUUGGGUUUCAAAACACCAGGUGAAUGUUUCUUGUCUGAUCCUGUAUGGGGCUGCAUUUUGGAGCUAUUCAAUUGUCUUGCUGCGAUAGACCAUAAAUUCUAUGGAGAGAAGAUUUUCACUUACAAAGGUGAAUUGAAGCAAAUAGGGGCGGUAGUUGACUUUGAGGAAGCUAUCAAAAAAUUUGGUCAACUCUUCAAACAGAAAGCAUCACAAACUUCCUUUAACCAACAUGUUAAAUCAUUUCUUUCAUGCUGCAGACUGCUGAAGGGAAGUGGAUAUAGAUUUCCUGCUGAUUUCUUAGUGACGGUUCAUAAAGAGAAAUGGUUACAUACCAGGGUUGGUGAUUAUCGUAGUCCAAGAGAUUGCAUUCUUGAUGGUGUGGAAUGGAAAUCCAUCUCUUCCAUAACUUGUCUUCCUUUCAUUGAUGACAGUGACAACUGUUAUGGUAAAGGAAUUUAUGAGUACAAGGAGGAGCUGAAGAGCAUUGGUGCUGUUACUAAAUUCAAAGAUGGGGUGAAGUUUGUUCCUAAAUGUUUGAAUUUUCCUUCAGAUCCCUCCAUCAUUAUUCCUGAAAGUGUGUUUUCUUUUCUGGAAUGUAUUCGUCUUCUAUUAAAAGGGGGUGAUGUUUCCAUUGAAGGUGACUUCAGAAAAAUAAUGUCUGGAAAUUGGUUGAAGACACAUGCUGGUUAUAGGCCUCCAGAGAAGUGUUUGUUGUUUGAUUCCAAGUGGAAUUCAUUCCUGAAGCCAACAGAAGGGCCUUUCAUUGAUGAGAAUUUUUAUGGUCCCAAAAUUGCAUCUUACAAGAGAGAACUGGAUGCAAUAGGAGUCAUUGUUGACAUUGAGAAAGGUUGCUGCUUGGUUGCUAGUCACCUCGACUCUCUCUCUGAAUAUAAUACUAUUGUGCAGAUAUAUAGGUACCUGAGUGAACACAACUGGAAACCCACGGAUAAAGCUGCCAGAAAGAUUUGGAUUCCAAAAAUUGCAAAGUGGGUGUAUCCUGAAGAUUGUGUCAUACAUGACCAGGAUAAUCUUUUUGGUUCAGAAUUUUAUGUUCUGGGAGAUAUCUAUGAUAAGAAGAUUCUUCCAUUUUUCUCCUUUGCCAUGGAAGUCAGGAACAAGCCCUCACUUGAUAAUUAUGUCGACCUUUGGAAUGAUUGGGAGAGUUCUGUGGAACAGUUGUCAUAUGACAAGUGCUCUAAGUUCUGGAUGUUUAUGUUGAAACAUUUGAGCACUAAUUCUGAGAAGAAACUUUGUGAUAACUUGGUGAAACUACCUGCAACAUCACGUAACAAUGAGAUAUUUUUGUUAGAUAAGAAUGAUGUUUUUAUUCCUGACAGCCUUCAUUUGAAGAAGCUUUUUGAGCUAGAGAAGGUAUUUGUUUGGUAUCCUCUGAACCUUGCGCCAUCAUCCAAGUGUAAUUUGUUUGACUUAUACAGAAAAAUUGGUGCUCGAAAUAUUUCUGAAGCUAUAUGCACGGAGGAGCCAUCUUUGCUCAGUGGUAUCUCACUCAAGAAGGUUGAUUUUGGAAAUAUAUGUGAUGUGAAGGUGUUGGUUAAGCUCAUUCUUGGAUUUCUUGCUUGUUCUAGCUUGAAAAUGGAACCAAACAAGAGGAUUGAAGCUGUUAAAGGUCUACUGAACUUGAGUUUCUUUGAGACAACAGAUGCAGUCAGUGUGAGUUAUAGUUUGUCCCUAUCAUCAGGAGACAUCAUUACCAAGAAGGCCAACAAAAUGGUAAGGUGGGAAAAGCAAUGUUCCAAGUUUUUCACCCAAAUGAACUGGGAAAGUGGUCAUUCAAGUUUAAUAAAAUAUGCUACAUAUUUCUCAGAAGCCAUAUCAGAGGGUAUUUUGUGUGAGAAUCAUGAUCAUGUUCCUGCACUCUCUCAGCUCAUCACGUUGGCCUUUGUGCUGAAAUUCAACAAUGAGGCAAUUGAUUUCCUCAUGGAGUCCAAGAAUUAUCAGAUUUUCUGUGAGGAUGACGAGUUCCUUAGUUCUGCAUUUCCAUUUUACUAACUCACCUUCAUAAUCUAUGCCUAUAUACAGUGCCUUGUUUUAAGUUUUAUUUCUUAGUUUUGUUUCCUCUUUAUCAGUGAAUUUAUCUAUGAGAUGACAGAAACGUAGUAUUUGUGGGAGACUUCAAAGAGUUACUUGUUGCUGCAUUUCAAGGUCAAUGCCUAGUUAUCGUUGUGUUUUGUUACCAUAACAAUAUAUGAAUGUUUUAUCAUUUCUGUUUGGAUU